GCAUGGAAGGCGAUGAGUAGCCGCAUACUUCACAUUUUCCAGCCCUACGCUUCGGCCGGUGGUCGGAUUACUAUGCCGAUGGCGGUCUCUACUUGCCGGAAUCUGGCGGUGUUGACCAAGUGUCAGUUCUAUCAUCGUCGGCGACCGGGAUGAUUGUUUGGCAAUUUCUUGUUCGAUGGUUUUACGUGUAUAGGAAAAUGAUAUAACAAUCCGGAGCAAACUGGAACAUUGUCGAGAUAGGAUGAGUAAGGCUCCAAAGGGAAUGGAUUGUGAUGUGGAAAAACAGAAUAACAAAGCAUAUCCAAGUUGAAAAAUUCAAAAAAAGGGAUGGUGGCUCUUCUUAAUAAGGUUCAUGAAAAGUGAAGAGCGUUGUUAGGGUGCGAAUGUGACGCACAUUAAUAAAGGGAGGUGAAAAUGUGAGGUGAAUUUAAGCUUCCACCUUAUUAAUCCCCCCGAGGCUCCUCCUCUCUCUUUCUUUCAUAUUUCUAUAAAACCCUCCACCAAGUCCAAAUUUUCCACUUGGUCCUUCCAAACACACCGUUGCUGGCUGGUGGGGAUGAAAAGACAAUUUAGGGAAAAGUUUGGGGCAAAGUGAAAAUUGUCUUGAGGUGAAAAAAGAGCAUUGACAUUAGUUGGUUCGAUUAAAGUUGGGUGUGUUGUAUGCAUAUACGCAAAUAGCCAACCCAAUGGAGAAGGACGAUAACUACUCGAACGAAGCUCCUAUGCCGCCAAGCUUCUCCAGCCACCACCACCACCAACACGAUCUCUACAACAACCAAGACCAAUUCAUGAGGUCUCGCCCCUUCGAAACCUCCGCCGACAACGCCACCGGAAUCCUCACCUACUUUCCGGCCAACCCUCUACCUCCUCCGCCGCUGCAAUCGGUAACUUCUCCGGACAAGCUCAGCUUCGCUGAGGUUAUGCAGUUUGCCGACUUCGGUCCGAAGCUCAGCCUCAACCGGUUCGACGAGGAUGACGAACCAGCCGGGAUUGACCCAGUCUACUUCUUGAAGUUCCCGGUUCUGAAUAACGAGAGGGCGGAGGAGGCGGCGGCCGGAGAGGAGGAAGCGGCGGAGAUGGGAGGCAGAAUUGUAGGGGAGUUAGAAGAAGAGGAGAAUUUUAGGAACAAUAAAAAUGGUAAUAAUAAUAAUAAUAAUAAUAAUAAUAAUAAUAAUAAUAAUGGUAAUAGUAAUAAAAGGAAAAGAGGACGGACGGUGAAGACGAGCGAAGAGGUGGAGAGCCAAAGAAUGACGCAUAUUGCGGUGGAGAGAAAUCGAAGGAAGCAGAUGAAUGAACAUCUCCGCGUUUUGCGCUCUCUCAUGCCUGGUUCUUACGUUCAAAGGGGAGAUCAAGCCUCCAUAAUCGGCGGAGCAAUCGAGUUCGUGAGGGAGCUGGAGCAGCUUCUCCAGUGUCUAGAAUCGCAAAAACGACGUCGUCUCCUAGGAGAGUCACCACUACAGGCAGGGGACACACCUCCGCCGCAGCAACCGCCAUUUCUGCCGCCGGGAGCAGGUAAUUUCGGGGGUCACCAAAACGAGGGGCAAAUAUUGGAAACGACGGCGGAGAGCAAAUCGUGCUUAGCUGACGUGGAAGUGAAGGUUUUAGGGUUCGACGCAAUGAUAAAGAUCCUGUCGAGAAGACGACCGGGACAGCUGAUUAAAGCCAUCGCCGCCCUCGAAGAUCUUCAGCUCAAUAUUCUUCAUACAAAUAUCACCACCAUUGAACAGACUGUUCUUUAUUCCUUCAACGUCAAGAUAGCAAGCGAGUCAAGAUUCACAGCAGAGGAUAUAGCGAGCUCGGUUCAGCAGAUAUUCGGUUUUAUUCAUGCGAACACCGGCAUGUGAUGCAAUAAAUUAAACCCAUAAAUAUCUCAUCAAAUUAUUUGUAUCAUUAAUUAUUUAUUUUUCUGCUUUUUUCUCUUCUGUUGUUUU